AAAAUCUAGAAGAAUUAACUUAAACAAAAAAUAAUCUGUGAACUUUUUUUUUAAUUAUUAUUAAAAAUAAUUGUACAUAAAAACACAUAACAAAUUCAUUCCCUCUAAAACAGAAUUUGAAAAGGCCAACUUUUUUUCGAAAUUCAAAAAAAAAAAGAAGUCUAAACCAAAUGGAAUUACUACCUGCUCUGUUUCUGUUUCGUCUUUAUCUUCUCGUACACUUUACAGUACUAUUCAUAACAAACUUCUUCCCAUUUCCAUUUUUCUCUUCCUUAUAUAUAAAACCAUUUCUCUGUAGACAAACAACAAAACAAUGGCGACAAACAGCAAUGAAAUCGACCAUAGCUUACUUACACUGUCUCUGUCUUUUUCUCCGUCUCCCGUCGUAGCACCGCCACCUCCACCACCGCCACCGCCACCACCAUCUCGCCGUCCACGUAAACGAAAGCGCACAUUGAAAAGCGAAACGAUUCCGGCGCCUUAUCCAUGGGCGACUAAUCAUCGAGCGAAGAUUCACAGUCUUAAUGUGCUACGAUUGAAUCAGAUUUCAACGAUAACAGGUGAAGUUCAAUGCAGAAGAUGUGAGAGGAAAUACGAAAUAGGAUUUGAUUUGUGUGAUAAGUUUGCACAAGUAGGAAGCUUUAUUUCGGCAAAUAAAGAGUCUAUGCAUCAACGCGCACCGGAUAUUUGGAUGUCGCCGAUGUAUCUGAAUUGCAAUUUUUGCGAACAAGAGAAUAGUGUGAAACCGAUCAUCUCAUCGAAAAAGAAAUCAAUUAAUUGGGUAUUUUUGCUAUUGGGUCAGUUUAUUGGAUUUUGUACGCUUGAUCAGCUCAAGUAUUUCUGCAAACAUAAUGAAAUCCACAGGACGGGUGCGAAGGAUCGUGUUCUUUAUCAAACCUAUUUGUGUCUUUGCAGACAGCUUGAUAAUACUGGCCCGUUUGAUUACUAAAACUAUGAAAAAAGUGUCAGCAAUUUGGGAUGAAAAGAAGGGCUAGAUUUUAAAUGAAAAGGCUACAAGUUAAAUGGGAUUAUUAUUGCUAGGAUGAUUAGUAUUUAGCUUUAGUUGAAAAAAGGUUUUAUGUUUUUCUAGUGUAGCCAAUAUUUAUUUUGGCUAAUUAAAACGUAGCAAUAGAUAUGUUGUGUUCUUUUUUUAAAAAUUGUUAAUGUUAAAGUUAAUUUCUUGUUCAGUGAUGAAAUAUCGUGUUUUGUCACAGGUUUGUAAGAGGGUAAAU